AUUGAACAGUUGAACAGGGCAGCAACAACCGAACGGAACGGAACAGCUCAUCCUUGCACAAUGGCGGACUUCAUAGCGGCUCCGUUAAAGAAACCAACAGAAGUUGACAUAGUUAAACCGUUGAAAAACUUAAUAUCAGCCUCUUACAGUACUGCAGAUAAUCCUGAGGAUUACAGUGAUGCUAUUAAUGAACUUAGUAAGAUUCGAAACAACGCUGUAUGGAGAGUAUUCGAGAAGUACGAGAGUUCCCUGGAGGUUAUUUAUGGGUACUAUGAUCAGCUUUGUGCUCUCGAGGCAAAAAUCCCUGCCCAUGAGGUUCAAAUACCUUUCAAGUGGAAAGAUGCUUUUGACAAAGGAACAUUCUUUGGUGGCAGGAUUAGCCUUACUGUGUCUUCGUUGAGUUAUGAGAAGGUCUGCGUUCUCUUCAACAUCGCUGCUCUGCAGAGUGCUGUAGCUUCUUCUCAAAGUUUAGUUAGUGAUGAGGGUCUCAAGUUGGCCGCCAAGCUCUUCCAGCAAUCUGCUGGUAUCUUUAACCACCUUAAAGCAACAGUCAUGCUGGCUAUCCAGCAGGACCCUACACCUGACCUCAACCCCGAUGCAUUAGCUGCCUUGGGUGCUGUUAUGCUCGCUCAAGCUCAGGAAAUGUUUGCACAAAAAGCAAUGCAUGAUAACAUGAAGCCUGCAGUGAUUGCAAAACUGUGUGCUCAAACUGAAGAACUAUAUGCUGAAGCACUUAAAGCACUUCAAAAGGAACAAUUGAAGCCUCUUUGGGACAGAGACUGGAUCUUAUUGGUUGCUGGGAAGCAGGCAUCAUUCCAUGGCUUGACCGAAUACUUCCAGGGCUUAGUGGCUCAUGAAGACAAAGCAAUCGGUGAAGAGAUAGCACGAUUGGAGAAAGCUGUUGAACUGCUGAAGGCGGGUCAGCAACGCUCAGGAAGAGCCACACUUUUUGAGGAACUCACUAAUAAAGCAACAAGAGCACUAAAUGAUGCCAAAAAAGAUAAUGACUUUAUAUAUCAUGAGCGAAUUCCAGAUUACAAAAAUCUUACUCCUGUAUCUAAAGCUGCCAUUGCCAAGGCCCUCCCUCUACCCAAACAGUUUAGUCAAAACUUCAAAGAUCUUUUUGAAAACCUUGUACCUGUCACCGUACACCAAGCUAUGGCUGCGUAUGAAGUGCGUAAAUCAGAAAUUAUCAAUGGAGAAGUUACCAAAUUGAGGGAUUCCACUAACAUGCUGAACAGUAUCCUUGCAUCACUGAAUCUUCCUGCUGCUCUUGAAGAAUCUGUAGGUGGUGCUCUUCCUCAAUCUCUGGUUGAGAAAUCAAAUGCUGUGAUAUCUGUUGGUGGAGUGGAUGCUCUCAAUGAUCAACUAACAGAACUUCCGGAGCUAUUGCAAAGAAACAGAGACAUUUUGAAUGAGGCGGAGCGUCUGUUGAAGCAAGAGCAAGAACAAGAUGAUCAACUUCGGGAAAGGUUCAAGUCUUGGACUCGUACUCCAUCUGUAAAACUCACAGAAACAUUCCGAGCCAACUUGGCUAAGUACCGGGAGAUUAUUAAUAAUGCAGUUUUAGCAGAUAAAGUUGUUCGUGAGAAAUUUGAGUCACACAGCCAGUGUAUUAAACUGCUGAGCCAGGGUGCCAAUGCUAUAAAUGAAGCUGUCCCUUCAGCCUCAUCUGCAGGGGUCAGUUCCAAUAGUUUGGCAUUCCGUAGGCUUAAAGAGCUCAUGGAAGAGGUGGAAAUCAUUAAGGCUGAGCGAGCUGCAAUUGAAUCAGAACUCAAGUCAGCAACUAUUGAUAUGAAGUCAACAUUCCUAUCUGCUCUUAGCCAAGAUGGAGCUAUUAAUGAAGUUGCUUUAAGUACAGAAAGCCUUGGUAGAGCAUUUGGUCCCUUGCAACAUCAAGUUAAAGAUUCCCUCAGUAAACAAGAAAAGAUUAUUGGCGAAAUUCAGACUCAACAUAGUGAUUUCAUCCGUGAAAGAAGUGCUAAUGGAGGAGCCUCUGCUCAGCGAGAACAGAUGCUAAUGAAUUUGGCUGCUGCUCAUGAUGCCUUUAUGGAGCUACAGAGCAACCUGAAAGAAGGUGCUAAAUUCUACAAUGAUCUCACUCAGCUCCUAGUGGCUUUCCAAAACAAAAUAUCUGAUUUUUGUUUUGCACGGAAGACUGAAGUAAAUGAAUUACUAGAGAAUAUUGCUAAUGAAAAGCCAGCAGAAGAUACUUCAGAAGUUAAAAAGGCUGCCCCUCCACGUCCCCCACCUCCUACCACUUCACCUGCCUCAACUCCAGCGUCUCAAGCUGGACCGUCAACGGCCGGGGCCCCCCAUCUUCCAUAUCCUUCUUACCCUGUUGGGAUGCCUGUUCCAUACGGGGCUUCAAGCUCUGUGCCAUACCCAUCAUACGUGCCUCCGCCCAUGCCUCAGAGCUUCAAUCCGUAUGCGGGCAUGGGAGGUGUACCAUAUCCUCAGCAAGGAUAUGGUGGGUAUCCCAUACCACCUCAACCGCAGUACCCUGGGUAUCCUCCAUACCAGCCUAUGCCCCCUCACCAGAUGCCUCCUCAUAAUCCACAUCAGUGGUAGAAGUUAUUGGUUGAUGAUUCAUGAAUUGCAUUUCAGCUUAAUUUUUAUUAGAGGCAAAUUUUGUAGCAUCAUUUAAAAUAUUGAUCUGGAGCACAGCCUCAAAGGUUUGAUGAAAAUUAGGAGCCUUCUUCUUCUUUGCAGUUAUAACCUACCACCAAUAACUUACUGCAAAGUUUGUUUCUGGAUAGUGUUGUUGUUGGGUGCUAUAUUAUUUAAACUAGAAUAUUUUAAUUAAACAUGCUUUUCAUUAAAAGUGAAAAUAUUUUAGUAGGGCCUGAACAAGUUAAGUUACUAGAUAGGAAAAAUCGCUGAUGCUUCCUUUUGUGACCUAAUAAUUGAGAUGAACUCACAUGGGUUGUUUGGCAAUGUUCACACUUAUGUAUCCAAGUGACCAUUUGUAAUUAGUAUUUCAGUUUUAAUUGCAGUUUUGAAGAAAAUGUCAUUGUACCUCUUUGGUUGUUUAACACUUGAAUGUUUUUUUGUGUUUUUUUUUUUGUUAGUCUCUCUAACAUCAGAUCUGAUGACAGUUAUGCAUUUUGUUCUUUCAGAAUAAUUACUGUGAGCAACUUUUGCCACAACGGUAAAAUACAGAACGUUGCCUCUGUUGUGCCUUACUAGAGUUCUCUGAGAAGCCAGAAAAACCUUCAGUUCAUUUUUUUCCCAUACAAAUUUGUCAAGGGAUCAAAUUAAUUCAAUUGAAGACUGAAGUUUGGUUUUUGCAAAAUUGAAAUUUGUGUUGUCCCAUGUGUUUUUAAAUUCUUAACAUAUGUUAAAAUUGCUAGCUUAUUGGAGGCGGUGCUGGAUCCUCUGGAUUUCAAAUAAUAAAAAAAAUUUAUGCAAGAUUUUUUUUUUUGUACGAUUAUAGGUAUGAGUUAAUGUCGUCAAGGUCUUGAUGUUUAUAAAAUGUUGUGAUUUUUUGACUAUUGUGUUUGUAUAAAAUAUGAAUGUAUUGCCGAAGGAAAGAUGAUUUUGAAAGGUGUAAGAUCAGUAACAUUUGUAUUCAAUAUUAUUUUAAUUCAUCAUUAUUGCUAUCGUUAAUGAAACAAUGCUGGUACAUAGCAUAUCACCAAGAAACUGAUGAUACAAGUUCGAGCUUUGACAUGUUUUAUUGUACCAUCGUAAUUCACACAUAUGUUAAUGUGAAGUUAAAAUAAAACUCAUAUUUUCAA